AUGGUUGCGCUGUCAUCUCCAUAUAGUCUGGACUCGUACACCAGUCCUGUCCUCUGCUCAACGCCAUCUUUGCAAUGUCUUCUACUCAGCAAGCAGGCCACUAGUUUCCGGUCCCACCGGUCUCCUGGUUCUCUGGACUCGCUCUCUUCCAACACGACCAAUAGCACCUCUAGCACUUCAAGCAGCAAUGAUUCGCUGGAAGAAUUUUCCACUGACGAGUGGCAACUGGACUCAGACACAGAGUAUGACAUGAACAGUUUUAUAUCACUGAAGUCCUGCUGCGUGCGCAGCGAGUGCCACGAGCACCCUCUGGAGGAGGAUGGUGACAUUGUGAAUUUCAAAACCCCUGCCAGACAGCCCAUCCUGCCUCCACAACCUUCCAAAACCACCAAACUGCUCAAAGCAAUAAAAAGUUUCAGGAGGUUGCCUAGCAACUCGGGCCUCCUCCAGUUUAACGAGCGAAUGACAGACGACAUAUUGCCAAAAACCAAAGCUCCGGAGCCAGUGUCGAUCCCUUUGCAAACCUUCAGUGUUGAAUCGCGCUUGAUGAAAACACAAAAGUCAUAUACCCCCGCCUCGCCAAUUCGUGCCCGCGAGCCACGUAUCAACUCUAAUUUCCUUAGGGUCUAUGCCUUGGAUUACUGCUGCAAGAAUGCUGGACAUCUGCAGCUUUCCGACUACGAGAUCGAUCUUUACUACCAAGAAUACUACGAGUCUGGCUUGGAAUCCUUCGACGAAUACCUAAACGAGGCAGGAUAUGAGCUGAGCCCUGUGCUGCGUCAGCGGCUCAAACUGGGUGUGCUCGCAAGAGAAAAGCUGUGGAACAGCGUCAUCCUGCCUCCGCGCAACGACCCGAUCUGCCAUGUGCGCGAAAAAUACGUCUCGUGCGACAAACGAGCAAACGCCUUAGUGCGCACGUCUGGCAAGUUUGUGCCGUGGCUUAACUUGCAAGACUUCGAUUCGAAUAACAAAAAAUGUGUGCGCCCUAAUGGCCACACUGCCAAUCUGACUCAGUUCACCGUCAAGGGAUGGUGCAACGAGAGAUGGCUCGCUAAGACCGCCUAA